AUGCCUACCUAUGGAUCCAAACGGCCUUUCCAUGAGAAAACAAAAAAAAGUGUGAAAAAUAGAAAUCUCUGUGGGACCGGGUCGGACACUGAGGGCCCAAAACCUUGCUGGUUUUGUACUGACGUGGCACUCUGUCACUGGUUUGAGAGUUGACUAAACUUUCCUCUCUCUCUACUCUCUCUCUCUCUGCGCUCUUGGUUGGCUUCUUCGAUCGAAUACACACCAACCACUACUGCUACUGCUCAGUGAGCUUCAUCAUCGUCCAAUGCAGCUUCAAAUCUGCCACCACCUAGGGUUUCUGAAUCCAGAUUUCAACUCUCCAGCCUCCGAUUCACUCAACUCUCCAUCCACAUUUUCCGUCACUUUCUAGGGUUUUGAAUUCCAUAUACUAAUGCACUCUCACAUUUUCAAUCUUUCCACGGUUUCAUCAUUUAUGCCCUAGAUUGUAGAUAUUUGAUUUCAUAGAAGGGGUUAAUUAGGCGCUAGUUUGGUUGAAAUUGGAGGAAAAUUCAAAUCUCAUUCUCCGAUGUCUGGUCCUCCGCGAGUCAGAUCGAUGAAUUUUCCAGAAUCGGAGUCCCGACCUGUUCUCGGUCCGGCUGGGAACAAGACGAGGCCGAUCGAUACGCGUAAGCAGGUUUCGAAACCGCAGAGAAAAGCAGAGAAACCGCAGGAAAUCGAUGACGACAACGCGAAGAAAUCUUCUUUGUUGUCUGUUGUAAAUUCGCCGCCAUCGCCAUUGCCGCUGCAGCAACCGGCAACGGCGACAACAGCGGCGGCGUUAGGGCAUUGUAUUACUGUACCAUCGAUUUUGAGGCAGCAGAGCCACCGGAAGCUUUUACUGAAGUCGAAUUUGUCGCCGAACGCGUCGUGUUCGUCGGACACUUCGUCCGAUUCGUCUCACAGUCGGGCCUCGGCUGGGAAGAUAAGCAGGAGGAGUGUUACGCCGACGCAUAUUCGGAGGAAGCAAUGUGGUCCGAAGUUGGAAAAAGUUGAGAAGAUUGUUAUUGAUACGGACAGUGGAUCGGCGGCUUCAGCUGAUACUUCUCCGGCCAAGAAAAGAUGUGCUUGGGUGACGCCUAACACUGAUCCGUGUUAUGCUGCAUUUCAUGACGAAGAAUGGGGAGUUCCAAUCCAUAAUGACAAGCAAUUAUUUGAAUUGCUCGUCUUGUCAAUUGCUCUGGCUGAACUUUCUUGGCCUGUCAUUCUCAACAAAAGGCACUUGUUUAGGGAAGUCUUUCUGGACUUUGACCCAAUUGCUGUUUCAAAAUUAAAUGAGAAGAAGACCGUGACACCAGGAAGCACUGCCAGCUCUCUUCUUUCAGAGCUGAAGCUCCGAGGCAUCAUUGAAAAUGCACGUCAAAUGUGUAAGAUAAUAGAUGAAUUUGGGUCUUUUGACAAGUACAUAUGGGGUUUUGUAAACCACAAGCCCAUCGUUAGCCACUUCCGAUACCCCCGCCAGGUUCCAAUCAAGACAUCAAAAGCCGAUGCAAUAAGCAAAGACCUGGUGAGAAGAGGGUUUCGAGGAGUUGGUCCUACGGUGGUCUACUCAUUCAUGCAAGUUGCUGGAAUAACAAAUGACCAUCUCACCUCGUGCUUCAGAUUCCAGGACUGUACUGCAGCGGAUUCAAGCAAUAAAGACAGCAUCAGCCUCAAGGGCAAUAGGGUUGAAGAUAAACAACAUGAGAAUUCAACCGAACUGGGACUAGCUAGGGCUAUUGACGGUGUGAAUUUGUCCUCCGAGUAAUAUGUUAGGGUUUUGAUUGAUAUGGGGUUGUAAUUUGCACACCAUGAAAGGGUUUCAUGAGAUGGGAUGGUGGGGGUGAAAAUGUGGUUUGUGUACAAAAUGAUGAUGAAUUUAAUUUGUUUCUUUGGUAUGUAGAUUAAAGAAUACAAUUUGUAAACCAGAAUAGUUGUGGGAGGUGCUUGGAUGUGUUUGAGAUGUGUUGGUUCAUCUUUGUACAGUGUGGGUGAGUUAACCAUUUUUCAAAUAAUUAUUAGGGUAAAUUACAAAUA